AUUUUAAUUGUGCUGUUCAUGUUCUAUACGGUGGCGAUUUUCUGAGCUAACAAUUUCGAUAUUACCGUGUCGGUAAAACAGGGAACUAGCUUAACGUGUUCUUCAAGGUUCUCCAAAGGCUUUUGGUACUCCAGAUUCUUUUUAAAAAAUAAAUAUGGCCUGGCAAAAUCCUCAUCAAUCUGGAUGGCCCACAAAUGAUCCUAUAACGACACAAGUGGGUCCUGUUGUGUCAAUCCCCAUGCAUGUGAUUCCUGGUUCACUUGAAGGUGGAUCACCUUAUCCACCUUCUGGAGUACCUGGGGUACAACCAGGACCUUAUCCACCUUCUGGAGUACCUGGAGUACAACCAGGACCUUAUCCACCUUCUGGAGUACCUGGGGUACAACCAGGACCUUACCCACCUUCUGGAAUACCCGGAGUACAGCCAGGACCUUAUCAACAACCUGGAGUACCACCAAAUGCGCCCCUGCCAGCAGGUGGAUGGCCAACGCCAAACUCGAAUUGUCCGGCAGGAUUGGAAUACCUUAUGGCCCUUGAUACGAUUUUUGUGCAUCAACACGUGGAGGUUCUUGAAGCGAUCACUGGAUGGGAAACGUUGAAUAAAUAUAUGAUUAAGGACGUCAGAGGUCAAGUGAUUUUUCAAGUUGAGGAAGAAUCAAAUGUUUGUUCACGAUGCUGUUGCGGAAAUAAUCGACCCUUUGACAUGAAAAUCAUUAACAGUAGCAUGAGGGAAGUUCUUACAGUCUCUCGACCAUUGAGAUGCAAUACUUGUCUAUGUCCUUGCUUCUUACAGGAAAUGGAAGUAUUCGCGAGCGGUACCAAAUUAGGGAGUGUUGUGCAAAAUUGGAAUCCUUUCCGUCCGUCAUAUUCAGUUAACGAUUCGAAUGGGAACACUAUACUUAUGAUAAAAGGACCUAUGUGCAUGUUGUGCCCCUGGUACGACGUGAAUUUUAAAGUUUUGUCGUCGGACGGGGAGCAUCAGGUAGGGCGGAUUUCGAAAAAGUGGUCUGACUUUGUUCAAGAAUUGUUCACGGAUGCUGAUAUAUUUGGAAUAAGUUUCCCAAUAGAUCUCGACGUAAAGGUUAAAGCCUUGCUAGUGGCCAGUUGUUUAUUAAUUGAUUUCAUGUACUUUGAGAAGUCACCGGGAAAGUGAAUUUAUACCGGAAUUACAGUGUAAUGUGUGAAAUAUUCAACAUGUCAUAACAUUAGUGAAAAUUUACACAAGUCUUUUGAUCUGCUUAAAUUAAAAAUGAAGAACUAUUAUUGACGUGGACAACUUAGAAUAUGUUCUAGUCUAGCUGCACACUUGUUCUUCCAAUUCUCAUUGGAUACUUUAAUGUAAUGUAUACAAUGUUAGGUUAUCGAUUGCUGUUUUUAUGCAGAGAUCUUUGGAAAGUAAUGACGUGGUUUAUGAUAUUGUUACCGCGUCAGUGAUCUACAUUACACUUAGCCAUUUACAUUUAGAAGAAAAACCAAAUAUUGAAACGAAAACGAAUUAAGCUGUGUUUCACACGAAACACACUCAACUCAUGGAAAUUUCUUGUGGGGCGGAGAGAAAAAGGAUACUAUGAUAAUUUAUGUUAGAGUUAAGAAACAAAAGAAUGAUACUGUCAAAUGUUAUACUCGUACUACAUGUAUUCAACUAUUGGAUUAUUUUUAUAUGAAUUUAUUUCGUAGGUCAUUCUUUUAUUCUCACGAGGACAAUAUUCUCACACUAUAUACCUAUAUAAUAGUUUUUACUUAAUAUAUUCAUUUCUUGCUUUAGGAAUAUCAAAUGUUUCCUCAUGCGAUGCAGAAUUUACUAUUUUAUAUGAUAUUUGACUCUUAUGAUAUUGUACAAUUGCUUCUGAGAUGUAUUUGGUGAUUUUUACAUUUGGAAUAUUUUACACGGAUUUUAUAAGACUGACAUUUUAUAUCCUGUUAAUAAUUACAGGUUGACAACUAAAAGUCAAGGAUAUUAUAAUGUCGCUGUUGCAUACCUCAACUGUUAACCACAAUACAGUCUUCACUAUGUUCAAUUAGAAAAAAAAAUGAAUUGUAUUUUGACUAAGUUAUUUACUCAUUAAAUAAAAUAUCUUCUCACUGUAA